GGGCGGGACGCGGGGCUGUCAGGCGCGGGCGCGGCGGCGGCGCGCUCUUGCUGUCGCGCUGUGAGCGGAGGCGCCGGGCGGACCGAAGGACGAGCAGCGAGGAGCCGGAGCCGCAGCCGGGCUAGCACAUAGGAGGCGCCGCCAUGUCGGGGGACGAGGUCGGUCAAUCGAUGAUUUUUGAUCCCACCAUGACCAAAAAAAAGAAGAAAAAGAAGAAGCCUUUCAUGUUGGAAGAAGAUGGCACAGAGCAGCCAACAGAGGAGAUACCAGUGACAGAAUGCAAGGAGACCAUAAUAGCAGAGAACCUGGAGGAGAAAGUCCUGGAAGCAGAUGAUGAAGAUAGUAAGAAGAAAGAUGCCACAGAUGAUUUAGAUGACUUGGAUUUCAUCAAUCAAAAGAAGAAAAAGAAGAAAUCAAAGAAAGCUUUUGACAUUGAUGAUAGUAUAAAGGAUCUGAAAAUUGAAAAUGAGGUGCCUGAGCAGGGAGAAGCUGAUGAUGAUGCAUUUGACAUGAGCAUGAUGAGAAAGAAGAAACCAAAACCUGUCACCUUCGAGGAUGAGGAAAUAAAUGAGAGGACAGAUGGCAUAAUCGAUGAUGAUGAAAGCAAAAGAGACGAUGGUAUCACUUUCGUCUCCCCGACUGGGCCAGCGUGGGCUGGAUCAGAACGAGACUACACUUACGACGAGUUGCUGACCCGUGUAUUUAAUAUAAUGCGAGAAAAAAAUCCUGAUAUGGUGGCUGGGGAGAAAAGAAAGUUUGUUAUGAAACCACCUCAAGUGGUCAGAGUGGGAACCAAGAAGACAUCGUUUGUGAAUUUCACAGAUAUCUGCAAACUGCUGCAUCGUCAACCUAAACAUCUUCUGGCAUUUUUAUUGGCUGAGUUGGGUACAAGUGGAUCCAUUGAUGGCAACAACCAGCUCGUAAUCAAAGGAAGGUUUCAGCAAAAACAAAUAGAAAAUGUGUUACGGAGAUACAUCAAGGAGUACGUUACCUGUCACACCUGUCGGUCGCCAGAUACCAUCCUGCAGAAGGACACACGUCUGUAUUUCUUGCAGUGCGAGACCUGUCACUCACGCUGUUCCGUGGCCAGCAUCAAGACCGGCUUCCAGGCCGUCACUGGGAAACGUGCUCAGCUCCGUGCCAAAGCGCAUUAGCCUAAACCAUGGCCACUGGAGAGAAUUGGAACUGAGGAUCGAUGUGAUUGAACUGUUCAACCAAACAAGGGGUGGGUUUUAAGUGCAUCAAAAAAAUUUAAGAGUUGCCGACAGCUCUAUGGAGGCAAGCGAGAAUGGCGAGCAAUAGUCUAUGGAGAUGUCCCAAGCCCCAGAGUUCAUUGUGACAUUCCCUGUUGCACUGCUCUGUUUAUAAGCUGUCCAGUCACCAGUGUCAUCGACAGAUGUGGUUGCUGUUUACAUGAGAGAUCACCAGGCUGCUGGGGAGGUCAGCGUCAUUUCUUGAAGUCCGGAAAUGAUCCACUGUCGAUUAUUUUAAGAGUAUAUAGUUCCUCAUUGUUGAAUAUACCUCACCCUGGUAGUUAUCACAGUAUCUGGCUGCUGUACUUUUUUAAACAGAGGAGUGGUGGGUGGGAUGGGGUGGGCUUGUGUGAGGAAGGGGUGUUGACCAAAUUGUGCUCAAUGAGUUUUGGAAAUUUAUUAAACAAAUUCCCUGCAAAUUAUUUAAAACUGUUGACUUUUGUUUUACUACGGCAUCUUAUUGAAAUCAAACCUUUCAAAUACCAGGGUGAGGUCUGCGUUGUGGAACCUAAUUGGUGCUGAUUUAACAGCAGUUCUGAAGGUUUAUCCAUAUUCAGCCAAUGAUCGGGUUGGGGAAGGCUUUUUAACAAAAAGUACUACAGGGCAUGUGAGCUGAAUUUACCUCAUGGCUCUGCACCAACGGGUGAAAACGUGCAAGUAAGAUGUAAUAAAAGUAGUCAUUCACACUUCUGGCGCUGUUUGCCCUCCACUUUAAAAACUCUUAACAGUGUUGUGGUCAUGCCUCUAUGCUCUUCAACGCUGUGAGUUUAGAAGCAUCUCUGGAGAACAUGGUCAAGUGAAGCCAAAUUCUCUUCCAGCUGUCUCCCCCUUGCUACAAUCAGUCUGAAGAAGGGUUCUGUCAUGAAAUGUUGCCUAUCCAUAUCCUCUAGAGAUGCUGCCUGGCCCAUUGAGUUACUCCAUCAAUUUGUCUACUUUGUAGACCAGCAUCUGCACUUCCUCAUGUCUCACUGCUCUUCAAUAUGUUCCGUCUAGUGAAAAGGAAAAAAGAUUGCAGAUUGCUAGAAAUUUUAAAUGAAAACCGUGCUGAAAAUACUCUGUGAGUCAGGUAGCAUCUGUGGAGGGAAAGACAGUAGUCUAGGCUUUUACUCACAUUCUUUGAGUAGAAACAUCAGCGUUUUUACUCUGCAGAUUUGAUGUAUGAGCUGCAAAGUGUUUCCUGCAUUUUUAAUUUUUUUCACAUUUCACUAAGUAUAGGUAAACAGGUCUCCGAAACCAAUGAUAGACAUAGUUGGAGUUACUCAACGGGACAGGCAGCAUCUCUGGAGAAAAGGAAUAGGUGACAUUUCAGGUCUGACCCCUUCUUGAGACCCUAACCAAGGGUUAAAAACCAGUGUAACAUUAUAAAACCUUGCCAUACAUAACUGCCUGCAUCUUCCUUCUCAAUGUGGCUGUACAGUUCUGUGAAAAUGUGAACACAUUUUCUUCCCUCCCCUUUAUUAAAUCCAGUGGAUUUCUAACUGUUGGAAGGAAGGUUUUUAAUAAUGUUUGGAGAGAAUGUUACGUAAAUAUUGGUGGGAUGGCUUAGUAAAAAUCUUCAUUUGGGCUUUGUGUAACAUGAUCUCAACAAUGAUUCUGCCUUUGUGGAUUAUUUUCAUGUCCUAAUAAAUUUGCCCUUACUGCAUUUUCACCCUACAAA